GGGAAUCCCCUGACUGGUCCACAUUUCUGUUCCACCUCAGCGUGUUAAGUUCAUUUUCCACCUACAGGCAGACCGGCAAAAGAGCUGGCGAAAUAUCUGUAUAAAGAGCACCCCAUUUGCUAGACACCGACCGGACCCCACUCGUUCAGUUCAAGUUGAAGGCAAGGGAAUAUUAUUUUUAGCCAGUAGGCCACAGCUAAGUGGCACCCGUGUUGUGUCGGAUUUUGAAAAAAAAACUUGUUUUCGGCUGCCAGCACAAAUAAAUCAAAUAGUUUCUAAUCGUCAAAGCAGCUAUGCCCAUCAUCCGUUUGGAGUCCUCCGACAAGGAGAUCUUUGACACCGACCAGGAGAUUGCCAAGUGCUCGGAGACGAUUCGCAUUGCUCUCGAGGAUCUGGGCGAUGAGGCGGACAACAGUGUUCUCCCUGUACCGAAUGUCAACUCGCUGAUCCUAAAGAAGGUGCUCCACUGGGCCACGUAUCACAAAGACGACCCAAUGGUGGCCGAGGAGGAUGAGAACAAGGAAAAGCGCACAGAUGAUAUUUCCUCCUGGGAUGCCGACUUCCUCAAGGUCGACCAGGGCACUCUGUUCGAGCUGAUCCUGGCAGCUAACUAUCUGAACAUCCAGGGACUCCUUGAUGUCACCUGCAAGACGGUGGCCAAUAUGAUCAAGGGCAAGUCGCCGCAGGAAAUUCGCGAGACGUUUGCCUUGAAGAACGACUUUUCGCCGCAGGAGGAGGAGCAGGUGCGCAAGGAGAACGAGUGGUGCGAGGAGAAGUAAUUGUAGCUCUCUAGAUUCAAAGGAGAUUGCGGCUGUAAAAGCUAUUUCUCUUUUCGAUUUCAUGCAAAUAAUAAAUUGUUCAGCAAACUUUA